AAAGGAUAACCGGAAAAGGAAAACGCAGGGAUUAUGUGUAUCCAGAAUCCUAAAAAUAAACCCAUCAUAUCAGAUUUGCUUUGAUCAUGCUUGUGCUACUUGGGAUAUAAAGCAUUUUACUACAGAUGAUCGAUCUACUGUUUUCGCUGAGGAGAGGCUGUUAUUGUGGACUGUAACUGCAGCAGCGGAGCGUCGUGCCACCCACCAUCUGUGGAAGUGGGACAACGGAACAGAUGGCGCAUCCAAGCAAAGCUGCAGGGGUAUUGUCCAGCAUCACAGAUAAGGUGUGAUCAUUAAAACAACCCGCUUUUAUUCCUUGUUUUAUUGUCGGGCGAUUUUUGCCCACUAUAAUCAGCCAUGUUGGCGUGACUGGAUGCAACUUGGAGGACAGGAAUCCGUCUAUAUACCGCCUGAACUGAGACCACCGCCUGCGACUUAAUCCCUUAUAAGUGCGUCUGCUGAACAAUGGUCGAUAACCGCUACGCCACUGCUCUGGUUAUCGCCUGCGUGCUCAGCAUCCUGGCCACCGUGUACCUGUCGGUGGCCAUCGGGACGCAGCACUGGUACCAGUACAGCAGCCCCACUGUGCGCGGCGAGGCCAACGUGUCUGAGCUGCGCUCCCUGUACGACGAGUUCAUGACCGGGGAGUUCGACGAGAAGACCUACGGCGACACGCUGUUCCGCCUCAACGGGACCGUGGGCCUGUGGUGGCGGUGCGUGCUCGUCCCACCCUCUGCUCACUGGGACAAGGAGCCAGAUGCCAAGAUGACGCUGGAGUGUCGAAACUUCACUUUGUCGGACCAGUUCACUCCUAAAUACAAAGAGCCAGGGAACCACAACAGUGGAGAGGACAUGCUCCGCACCUAUUUGUGGAGGUGCCAAUUUCUGCUGCCACUGGCAUCCCUCGCUCUGGUUGUGUUGGCGGGCUCGAUUGGCUUUUGUGCCUGUCUGUGCAGAAGCCUCACACCCACACUGGGUAUAGGAGCUCUUCAUCUCUUGGCUGGUCUAUGCACCCUGGCCACAGUGUGCUGCUACCUGGCUGGAAUGGACCUGCUCCACAGGGUGUCGAUGCUUCCUGACAAGGUGGAUGGCUCCCUGGGUUGGUCCCUUUACUUGGCCCUCAUCUCCUCGCCGCUGCACAUGAUGGCUGCUGCUCUGCUGGUGUGGGCGGCGCGCAGUCACAGCCAGAACUACUACCGCAUGACUGCCUACCGGGUGGCGUAAUCAGAGAUUUUGCUCUGGAUCUCAAAUUUAAAAUUCAUCAUGCACCACUCUAGCCUGAAGAUACAUUUUAUACUGAUGUCUAAGGAUAAAAAAUACAGGUUAAUAUUUUGUUUUUAUCCCAUCUUAUCUUUAAUUUCUACAGUAAAGACCCUUAAAUAUGCUGCAAUAAUUGAUUUGUUUCUAAUUUUUCUCUCUAGUGCUGUUAAUGUAAAAACAUAAGUUCAGUGUAGCACACAGUCCAGGUUAGGAAAAUGAAAGUAAACUCAUUUUUUUAAUUUGGAUUUUCUGGAUAAACCUCUAAACAAUACCUCCCAGACUCUCUGGAAGUGUUUUAAAAUAAUUUACUUCUAAAAAAAUUUUUAAAAAAGUUCUCCUCUGAGCUUUUAUAGAUGAGUGACAGAGUUUCUUUGAUAUUCUCUGAAAAAGGAUAACACAAACUCUACAAAUGUAGUUUUCUGGUUUAUUACAAACAGCUACCACGCCUACAGUAAAGCACGGUGGAGGUCUGGUAUGCUGUGGGUCGGCUUUGUUUGUCAUUGAAACUGCAGGUACUUAAAUAUGCUGAAGAAAUAAUAACAUUUUUGAGCCAAGUGCAACACCUACUCUUAUGUGAAACUAGGCUUGAGGUCAGGUUUCUUGUGUAAGAGCAGCAAGCUAGAGCAAACACCUCUGAGAACAAAGGCAGAAAUGAAAAGGUUAUUUUAAAAUUUGCAUGUUAACAGCCCGACCCUAAAUGGCAUUGAAUCUCCUACGUGAUCAAACUAAACCUGUUGCCGCAAGAAGUAAAACAUGCUCAUACCAGUGGAAGAGUGCCAGAAAUCAGAGGACCAUUGCUAGAUAUUUUUUUCCUUAAAUUGAUUUCAUUUCAUUGAUAUCAAACAGGAUAGAUUGCCUUAUAAAAAGUGAAUCAAGGGAAAAUAUUUAAGCUCUAAUAAAUCUAACAGAAAGAAGUUAACAUACAGUACAAUCCUCCUCGGCAUGAAUGCAAAAUUAAUUUAACUAUUUCUUUUAUUCCAGGUUGGAACGAAUAUACAACAUAGAACGUUGAUAAGUAAAAACAAGAAUUUGGUGCACAAGUUUGAAAUUAUUGUGGAUUUCCUCUAAUCCACCGAUGGUAAAAAAAAUUAUACUCACAUUCUCAAAUGUAUGCUAUCUCCAGUAAUAUUUAGUAAAAUGUCACUCAGCAGGUUGUACCGCGACCUUGGACUUUUUUGUAGUCUUCAAAAAGUGUCUGCCAUAAUCUUAGCUACAGUAGAUAUUUGAUCGUCUUUGCAGAUUUUUUUAAAACUGUCUAGCUUCGGAUGAGGUUGGGGGUUUAAGAAAGUCAUCCCUGUUGCUUUAAGUAGGCCCGUUUAUUGAUUAGUAAGCCUGUUUUGAUGUUUGUUUGGGAUCAUUGUCCAGGUGAAAUGUCCAACUGUUACCAAGAUUCAAACAUCUAUCUGUUGAUUUGUGAUGAACUUAAAGAAAUUGUAUUUAUUUGUCCUUCUUCAUAUUUCCAUUUACUUUGUGUAAUACACCAGAGACAGUGUCAUUUAUGAGGCCCAACGCAUGAUGCUGCCUCCACCAUGCUUGACAGUUGGUACAAGUUGGUACAAGUAUGAGACAAAGUCAGAUAUUCUUGUACAAGGAAUGGUAUCCUAUCCUUCUCUGACCAUCAAAAAUAUCCAGAAGACAUCUGCCCUGUCCAUGUUGGUAGCUGCAAAUUUCAGUCAAGAUCCUGCUCCAAAAUGUGUCCAUUUAGGAGCAGGAUCUUCUUUCUCGACUGGUCACGUAAACGUGAAACUUGCUUCAUUGUGGACAUAGACACUGAUGUCUGAAUCCUGUCACAGCAGGACUGAGCCUCAGUGUUUCCCGGGUCGUUCUUCAACUUUCUAACCAAUUCUCCUGCCUUUGAGAGGAGCAGCUUUGGUCAGAUGGUUUUAACAUGGACACAAUCGGUUAGGUAAUGCAGAACAAAGAUCCAAAACAAACAUUAACUCAAAAUAAGCCUAACAAUCUUAUGAAAAAGGCCCAUUAAAAUGUCCCAACCUCAACCCUACAGAAAAUCUGUGGCCUAUGCCCAAAAGCAGUGGUGGUGCUAUGAAACUACCCAGUUUAAAUAAAUUAUGGUAGUAGCUUGUUGAUGGCUGCAAAAAGCGUGUGGUCAAUGUUCAUCUAUCUAAGCAUCAUAUAAGCAAAUAUUAGUGUGGCUUGUAUGUGCAUAUUUAUGCCUUCAUAUGUAAUUUUGAUUUCUACGUGGAUUGAGAGUGUGCACCCAACACUUGUUUUUAAAAUGUAUUUAAGUACUUUUUUUGUCCAAUCCCUCCAGUCUGUAAAAAGAACAGUUCAAAUAAACCAUAAAAGGCCUAAGACUACUAGACCUUAAAAUUUGAGGCAAAAACCUACUCUGCGGAGAUCAGUACAGUGUUUUACCGGGAUGAUCUAAAAUAAAAAACUUUGAAGCAUGUUAAAUAAUUACAGGCAAGAAUGACAACUGUCUUCUCUCAGAAUUAUGAGUGCAUGACUAAUUUCAACUGUGUGGGAGACACGGCACUGAACGCUUCCAGCCAAACAAAAACAUCUGGGUAAUCUACUUCUGACACUUUGACAUAGAAUGAUGUGUCACCGAGAAGUUCAACAGAAAGAUUAUUACUGGAUUCAUGCUUGUUAUUGAAAAAUAUCCACACUGAUGGCGUUUUUUUGUUAUUUAGUUUUAUUUUGUUUAUACAUUUGCAACAUUUUAUCUGAUUUAGUAGAAAGAAAUGUAACUUUGUCAUUUUGUAAAGCGAUACCUGCUGUUUUGUUGACCUGAUUCAUUCUUAAAAAUAUCUUUUAGUGAUUUUGUUUUCCACUUUGUGUUUCAUGUUUCUUUGAUUCUAAAAACAUGUAUUUUUGUUUUUGCCAUUGUUAAAGAAAAUCAUCAACUAUAAGGGACAAUAUAUCUGCUCCUUAUUAAUUAUGAAUGUACUUUAAGGCCAUAUGUGAAAAAAAACUGCAGAAUAUCUUUGCACUUUUAAAUUAUUUUAAUCAUAUCCUGAAUAUUGCUGCAGUUUUACAUUGAUAAAUAUCUAUUUUUAUGGAGGAAAUAAACACAUUCGGGAGAGAAAAAAAAUGUCAUUUCUAUGCUUAUUGAAGCAUGCUGGUUAUUAAAGAAUGAGUAUCGUUUCGCAAAGUUUAAUGAAAUUUCUGAAUGGUGUGGCUCAACACAGGUCAUGAUUCUGUUUUACUCGUCCAAACAUCAAACGCAAACAGCUCUUCUAGCCCUGAAUGCAUUGUUGAAAUGUGAUCUUUGUGAACGUGUGCUGAAAUUAUCACUUUAUGUGUAAAUAUGUGUGCAUAUAUGCAAGGCUUGCUGUCAUUUCAAUAAAAAGUUAUUCUAAAAAGUA